AUGGGUCUCGACGACGACCACCGCAGCCACAAAUCGCGGCCCACGCGCGAGGACGAGGAGGAGCGACCACGCAGAGACACAAAAGACAGAGACGGCCAUCGGCGCAGACGCAGCAGAGAAAGGGAGGGGGAUCGCAACUCGGACAGGCACAGGGAAAGGCGGAGGUCACGAUCACGAGACAAACGCGAGAGGCGGCGUUCACGCACACCAGACCCUUCGGCACGCAAACGGUCCCGCUCACGAGACCGCGACCGCGACCGAGAAAGGCGCAGACAGCGAUCCCCACGAGACAACGACCGAAGGAGCAGCGGGAAGGAACCCAAACGUCGACGCCGCGACGAUGAAUCGGAAGCAGACGACUCCACACGAACGCGCGCCAGUCCCCUCCGUCGCGCGGGGCCGCUCCCUUCGCAAGACGACUCCUUUGCCGUGUCCAAGGGCGAGGAGCCCGAGAAGCCAAAGGAGAAGCCGAACCUGCGCAAAACUGGUGUUCUGGCCGCGGCGUCAAACUCGGUACAACAGGCGGAUGGAACGUCGAUUGUUCUCAAAUACCACGAGCCCGCAGAGGCGCGCAAGUCGCCGGCGAAGGACCAGUGGAAGCUUUUUGUCUUCAAGGGGAACGACAUUGUUGACACAAUCGACUUGAACCUGCGCAGCUGCUGGCUAAUUGGGCGCGAGGCGGCGGUUGUUGAUAUGAUGGCGGAACAUCCAAGCAUCAGCAAGCAGCAUGCUGUUAUCCAAUUCCGACAUGUCGAGAAGCGCAACGAGUUUGGAGAUCGCAUCGGAAAGGUCAAGCCCUACCUGAUUGACCUCGAAAGCGCCAACGGAACGAUUCUCAACGGAGAUAAGGUGGCUGACAGCCGGUACUAUGAGCUUAGGGACAAGGACAUGAUAAAGCUGGGGCACAGUACGCGAGAAUAUGUCCUCAUGUUGGCGCCCAAAAACUAA